UUCUUUACAAAUUCCAAAAAAUUAUCUUUAUCUCUCUCUCUCUGAUAAUUUUUUGAUCAGCUAAUUUUUUGUCUAUGGUAUACAUCCUUUGCAUAUACAAUGACGGAGAUACCGCCUAACAGCCAGAUGCAAACAAUGUUGCAGAAGGCAGUGCAAUCGGUUCAAUGGACAUAUACUCUUUUCUGGCAAUUAUGUCCCCAACAAGGGGUGUUAGCGUGGAGAGAUGGAUAUUACAAUGGGGCUAUAAAGACUAGAAAGACAGUGCAGCCAAUGGAAGUUAGCGCUGAGGAAGCUUCUCUUCACAGAAGCCAACAGCUUAGAGAACUUUACGAAUCACUUUCCGCCGGCGAGUCAAAUCAGCCGGCGAGAAGGCCGUCAGCAGCUUUGUCACCGGAGGACUUGACGGAAUCCGAGUGGUUUUAUCUCAUGUGUGUUUCUUUCUCUUUUCCUCCUGGCAUCGGAUUACCUGGCAAGGCUUAUUCAAAGAAGCAUCACAUAUGGAUCAUGGGCGCAAACGAGGUUGAUAGCAAAGUCUUCUGUAGAGCUAUUCUUGCCAAGAGCGCCCGCAUACAGACGGUCGUUGGUAUUCCUCUCUUGGAUGGUGUACUGGAACUGGGAACUACAGAAAGGGUUCAAGAAGAGAUUGGGUUCAUAAACCAUGUAAAGAGCUUUUUCACUGAGCAACAACAACCUCAGCUACCAAAGCCAGCCUUAUCUGAGCACUCCACUUCCAAUCCCACCACCUUUUCCGAGCCACAUUUUUACUCCGGCAAUACUUCGCUAUCUGCUAAUGUUGAUGUUGCGCAUCAAGAUGGCGGAGCUGCCGGCGAAGAAGAUGAGGAGGAGGAAGACGAGGAAGAAGAAGAUGAUGAAGCCGAGUUGGACUCGGAUAGUAUAGCGAUUCAAAGUGCGGCUAAUCCUAUAGCCGUUGAGGCUAGUGAACUCAUGCAGCUUGAUAUGUCCGAGGCUAUACAGCUUGGCUCGCCCGAUGAUGGCUCUGAUAAUAUGGACUCUGAUUUUCAUUUGGUUGGCGCUGGAAACACGGCUGACUACCAGCGCCAAGCUGACUCUUUCAAAGCCGAGACCGCCAUUAGCUGGGCGCACUUCCAAGACCUUCAACAAUUACCAGGUGACUCUAGUUAUGAUGAAUUAUCACAAGAAGACACACACUAUUCUCAAACAGUGUCGACCAUUCUCGAACACCUCUCAAAUCAAAGCUCCAAAUUUUCCUCUACAACAAUGGGCUGUAUUUCUCAUGACUCGGCCCAAUCUGCCUUCGCAUUGUGCCCUAGCACCACCGUCUGCAGCCCGAAUCCCGCCCACUGCCGCCGCCGCCGCCACGACGACUCACUUCUCGACAGUGGCGGCGCCUCCCCCUCCUCCCAGCGGCUGCUCAAAAGCAUACUCUUCACUGUCCCAUUUCUUCACACUAAAUACCAAUCUGAAGCUUCUCCAAAGUCACGUGACGUCGCCACUGUUGAUUCCUCCAGUACUGCUUCUCGCUUUCGCAAAGGCUGUAGUAUAACGUCGCAAGAAGAGCCAAGUGGAAACCAUGUACUUGCAGAACGACGUCGUAGAGAAAAGCUAAAUGAGCGUUUCAUCAUAUUAAGGUCUCUUGUACCUUUUGUAACGAAAAUGGAUAAAGCCUCCAUUUUGGGUGACACCAUAGAGUAUGUCAAGCAGUUACGUAAGAAAGUUCAGGAUCUUGAAGCUCGUGCUCGUCACACGGAGCAGUCCAAAGAUGCAGAUAAAAAAAGUGGCACAGCUACAAUGAAGGUGUUGCAAGGAAGGGGUAAGAGGAGAAUGAAUACGGUAGAUGGAAGUGUUGGUGGAGGGCAGGCAAAGAUAACGGCGUCCCCGCCGUCAACGACGGAGGAUGAGGAGGUUGUGCAAGUAGAAGUAUCAAUUAUUGAAAGCGAUGCAUUGGUGGAGCUCCGGUGUGCGUACAAAGAGGGGUUGCUGUUAAAUGUAAUGCAGAUGCUAAGGGAACUCAAAGUGGAAGUUGUAGCCAUUCAAUCGUCUCUUAAUAAUGGCGUCUUCUUGGCUGAGUUAAGAGCUAAGGUAAAAGAGAAUAUAUAUGGAAGGAAAGCAAGCAUUCUGGAAGUAAAAAGGUCAAUACAUCAGAUAAUCCCUAGAGAUUAAUUAAUCUCCCAGUUUGUCCCAAAAAAGUAGCCUUCUCUUAACUCUUUCAAAACAGGUCGGAAACAAGUGUUGAAUACAAAUUAAAUGCAACUAAAGAGUAUGUGUGAUUAUGAGAAGUUAGAUUAAACAAUUUCUUUGGGACACACCAAGUAGCGAGUAUAGAAUAAUACAAAAUGUGAUAUAAGAAAAUUGCACAGGGAAAUGGAAAUUAGCAGCUACUGGAUAUUGAUGUGGUUUCCUCACAUCUUUAGUAUAAUAUUAACUAUGAAUCGAAGAGUGAUAUAUAUAUGUAAAAGUAUGUUAUAAAGUUAUGUAAUUCGGAAGUCACAAUUUU